AUGGAAAUUGAGAGAGAAAGCAAGAGAAGGAAAUCAACUUCAAAUGAUGAGCAUCAUCACCCAGGACCAGGAAAUUGUUUUGAAAAUCUACCUCAAGAAGUUGCUCUCGACAUAAUUUCCAGACUAUACAUAAAGUCCGUCAUCCAAUUCAGGUUUGUUUGCCGAAGUUGGAACAAGUUGUCACAUGAUCUUGAUCUUGUUAAUUUGCAUCUCACGCGUGCAUUAGAAAACAAGGACAUAUCUCUGAUCUUUCAUUGCGAUUAUCCUGUAAACAAUCAACUUUAUUUUGUUGAAUUUGCUGAUCAGAAUCCUGACAAAGAUGUAUUAAGAAAAAUUCAGACUCCUUUUUCCACCUUCAUGCCUGAAUUUCAAGUCGUUAGCUCUUGCAAUGGCCUACUUUGUUUGUCCAACUCUUUGUUUCAUGAUGGACCAUAUGUUUAUAAUCCUUUUACGGGAGAUUAUAAAGUGCUACCAAAAUCCACUGAAUUCCAGGACCAAGAUGUUGUAUUAGGAUUUGGAUUCCAUCCUAAUACCAAUGAAUAUCGUGUAAUAAGGAUAGUCUAUUAUUGGAAUUUGUAUGAAUUACCUCCACGUAUGUCGCGAAGGUUCAGGUAUCGGAAUUUUCCAGGAUCAGAAGUUCAAAUAUUUUGCCAGGGCAGUGAAAAGUGGAGGGUUAUCGGAGACAUACCUUAUAAACUAGAUCAAUCAUCAGGAGGGGUAUUUGUCAAUGGAAAGCUUCAUUGGGUAAGUCUAUGGGGCAAGAAUCACUGUCGACGUGACCGAAUUCUCGUGUCAUUUGAUUUAUCUAAUGAGAUUUUUAGUGAAGUUCCAUUGCCUGAAAAUGAUGUCAACCUAUUCAGGCACAGAUACUCUCUCAGUGUUCUGGGAGGGUGUCUGUCUAUUGUUCAUCCUUCGUCUACAAAUUAUUGGGUUCAAGACAUUUGGAUCAUGAAAGAGUAUGGCGUGAAAGAGUCCUGGGAGAAAGUUUUCAGCAUCGGGGCUUAUGAUGUGACGAGAUAUAGGUCUCCAGAAAUGCGACGAACAUACAGGAUCUGGAAGAAUGUAAUUAAUCAACGAUAUGUUCGCGUACUUUGCCUUCUCAGCAAUGGUGAGAUCUUGUUGCAGUAUAGAUGGGGAGCUCUAGUUUCCUACAAUCCUGAGAAUGGCAUGUUUAAGGACAUAAAGUUCCCAGGAAUGCCUAAAUUCUUUCAUAUCACUGUGCACAUUGGCAGCCUGAGCCGAGCAAAUGCCGCUUCGAUGUUAAUGAAUCUCAAUUGA